AUGUCAGGUCGCAAAGAUGGGGGUGACUCCUCCAGCGACUUUGCGGCGGAAGACAGAAAGAGGUCAAGAGAAGAGCUCGUGGCCCUGAGGACGCAAGUUAUAUCGCUGACGGAUCAUAUGAGCCGGCUAUUGUCGCUAGUGGAAGAUACCAUGAAGGCAAGCAAGACGGAGGAGCCAGCUGGCACCAUGGAGGGUGCCGCCGAUCGCGGCGAUGCUAGGGAGAGCGCCUCCGCGGAGUCCACGAACGCCGAAGGAGGGGCACCGUGGACCGGGAGUGCGCAGGACGGGAGGUACCUGCGCGAACCUGUUCGAGAGUCUGGCCCGUCAGGGCGACACAGCGGCGAAGCAGGGGGCUUUGUGCCCCAAGAGGUGAGAGUAGCCACUGCUCACAACCAAGAUUAUAGUAGUGCCAUGGGAGAUGGUGGUGCUGCUGUUGGCUUUGGAUACGGAGCCACAACCCCAGCGACGGGGUACCAAAGUGUGCGGUACAGGUCUCCCCCGUUCACCGGGAAAUCGAAAGAUUUCAACGAAUGGCUAAAUGAUUCCCGUAUGGCAGCUAAUGGCGCAAACCUGUUGGGAUAGUUUGAAGAGAGCGGGAGCUUGGAGAUCCCAGUAAACAGCGGAAAGAGCAAGUUUUCGCUGUCACAGCAGUACCGGAGCGAGUAAGUAGAGCUCGCAUUCCACGCGCGGAACUUCCUGUCUCACGCGUUGAACGAAGAAGAUCGGCAAAUCAUGAAGAGGGCAGAGACGCCCCAGGGAGCUCUUCGUGAGCUCAAGACCAUACACGACCCUGAAUCAUCUGUACAGCCGUUUGAGGACCUCAAGUCCCUGACGUCGACCAAGAUCUCUAGAGGUGAAAACCCCCAAAACGCCCUAAAUGAGAUGCUCCAAACCGCAAAAUUCUUCACCGAAACAGGACUAACUGUCAACGAAACGUUCGUCCUUCACCUCUUCCUGGAUUCCCUUUCGGACGAGUAUGCCAUGGCAAAGCACAACCUGCGACACGCGAAGGAGUUGACGCGGACGGUGUGCCAAAGGAAGUAAUGAUCGAAUACAAGGCGACCUAGGACAAGCUGGAGCAGGGG